AGCACAACAUGUCCUUAAAGUAAAGUUUGGGAUAUUAUCCAGCUACUACGAGAUCCGGCUGUGGAUGUCAACCCGGAGAGCGCCACAUGGAGCGAACACUAGAGGGCAGUAGCGUCCAUUUUGUACCUUUUAAACUCCUGGAAAAAGAGAGAAGGAGGAAGAUAACCCGGAAAAAAACGAGGUGUUUUUCUCUGUGGUGUCCACAUGUAUCCGCACUAUACUGUUAGAAGAUGUUGAGUGAUUCUGAGGCUGCAGAGCUGCUCUCCUUCCUAACCCCCGAUACACGUCCUGAUGUCAAAGGUCACACCACAGGCUACAUCCUGGGGAUGUCUGGCCACAGGGAUGGCUGCCGCUUCCUCCGCUCUAAAUCGGACUUACUUGUGGCCCUGUUUGCUCUGACGUCUGACCCCUCUAUUGCCAUCGUGAAGGACUGUUACCACAUCUUCAUCAACCUGUCCGCUGAUGAGACUCUGCACCAGGUUUUGCUGGCCGAUGUUAAGGUUCUUCCGGUGUUGUUGAAAAGGGUUCUGGAUCCAGAGUACCUGUUCUCUGAUCAGAUCUGCACCAUCCUGUCCAACCUGACCCGCCAUGUGAAGACCUGCAAGACCGUGUUCCAGGUCCUCCAGGAGGAGGUUGGUCUGGCUCAGCUGGUGGAGAUCUUCUGCACUGAAGGUUACAACAAGAAGGCUAAUUUCAACUACCUGAGUCCUCUGCUGUCCAACCUGACACAGCUGCCUGAGGCCAGAAACUACAUUAUGGACAAGGACAGGUGUGUAAUCCAGAGGUUGCUUCCCUUCACUCAGUACCAGGCAUCAGCGGUGAGGAGGGGUGGAGUCAUAGGGACCCUGCGCAACUGUUGCUUUGACCACGCCCAUCAUGAGUGGUUGCUAAGCGACGCUGUGGACAUCCUGCCCUUCCUCCUGCUGCCACUGGCCGGUCCAGAAGAGCUGACUGAGGAAGAAAAUGAGGGUCUCCCUGUGGACCUGCAGUACCUCCCCGAGGACAAGAAGAGGGAAGAAGACCCCGACAUCAGAAAGAUGCUGCUGGAAACACUUUUACUGCUGACAGCCACCGGAGCCGGCCGGAACACACUGAAAGAGAAGAACGUUUAUUACAUCAUGAGAGAGUUCCACCGCUGGGAGAAGGACGUCCACGUCACAGCAGCCUGUGAGAAACUGGUCGAGGUGCUGAUAGGAGACGAGCCGGAGCAGGGGAUGGAGAACCUGUUGGAGGUGGAGAUUCCUGAGGACGUGGAGGUGAAACUGAAGGAGGCAGACAUCAAAGAACAGCAGGAGCUGGAGAAAGAGCAGGAGAGGAUGAGACAGGAGGAGAAGGAGGAGGAGGAGAAGAAGAAGAGGGAUGCAGAGGGGGAAGACAAAGAACAGGAGAGUGGACUGAUACGAUAAAGCCGGUUUUUAGACCUGGCUUCAUGGACUAUCUGUUGAAGCAACCGCUUUUUGUCAAUCAGACAGUUAAACGUUCAUUACGGCUUUAUUCAGACAUGACGGGACAUUUUCAGAACGAGCCACGAUGCUCUGUGAUAUCUGUCAGCUGGUCCAUCGCUGCUGGAGAACAGCGCCGAGUUGAAAAGUGAGUAACGACAUAAAAGAAGAGGGGUGUUUUCUGUUCUCUCACAGGCUGCACCAGAGAUGGAUUUGAAAACGUAUUUUGUUGACUGACUAAUUACCUAAUGUGAGCGUGAGGAAUACUCUCCACUGAUGCAUAUUGUCAUCAUCAUCAUCAUCAAAUAUUACUGAAUGUAAUUGCUAUUUAAGUUUUGUUUUCCUCCUCUGUCCC